CCCGUCCCACCGCGGGUCAGCUGAUAGGGGCUCCAAGCCGGUGCAGAGCAGCCUUCUCUCCACGCCCCCCGCCCCCCAGCUUUGCAAUGCACGCGCCCCACUCAGAGCUGCUCCCCCCACUGCAGCCCCAUCGGAACUCUUAAAGGGCCAGGCGGGCUCCGGCUCUGCACCAGCAGCCGCUGCUGCGGGGCUCAGGUGCAUUGUGGGACAACAAAGUUACUUUCAGUUCGGAGUGAGGAAGGGGUGGGGGGCAGCUGGCCUCGCCGGGUGCAAGGAUGCGCUGUAUCCAGGGAAGGCGAAAAAACAGUCACCAACCCCUCUGCGGAGGGCUCUGUAAUCAGCAGAAGCACCACUAAGCGCCUGAAGGAGCGUAACGCUGAACGAUGGAAGAUAUCCCACCAGGAGAUCUGGACAAGGCUGCUGGUGGGGAUCAGAACAGCUCAGCGACAGUGCGUCUGCAUUUGUAUCCAGGCAUGCAGGACGAUGCCAAUCCAGAUCUUGACCAAGGCCUUGCUGCACAAACCGCAGGUGCUUCCCUGAAUCACUCGACCACCCUGACAGACAGACAGAGAGGCAACGAGGUCUCUGCCCUUCCAGCAACCCUCGACAGUACGUCCCUGAAGCACUCGACCACCCUGACAAACAGACAGAGAGGCAACGAGGUCUCUGCCCUCCCAGCAACCCUCGACACUUUGUCCAUCCACCAGUUGGCUGCUCAGGGUGAACUCAGUCAGCUGAAAGAGUAUCUCCGAAAAGGGGAGAACUUGGUGAACAAGCCCGACGAGAGAGGCUUCACUCCUCUGAUCUGGGCCUCUGCCUUCGGGGAGAUUGAAACAGUCCGUCAUCUGCUCGACUGGGGUGCGGACCCCCACGUACUGGCCAAGGAGCGGGAGAGCGCGUUGUCGCUGGCCAGCACCGGAGGAUACACUGAUAUAGUGACCAUGCUGCUGGAAAGAGACGUCGAUAUCAAUAUAUACGACUGGAACGGAGGCACCCCGUUGCUGUAUGCCGUGCGUGGUAACCACGUGAAGUGUGUCGAGGCUUUACUAGCUCGCGGUGCUGAUCUGACGACGGAAGCCGACUCCGGCUACACCCCCAUGGAUCUGGCCGUGGCGUUGGGACACAAGAAAGUUCAACAGGUUAUUGAGAACCACAUCCUCAAGCUGUUUCAGACCAAGAAACUGGAGUGACGCUGGCUCGUGCUCCCUGCUGAAAGAAGCAGGGCUUUGCUGUCUCCGUCAGCUCUCCGGAUGCUGCAUGGGAACACGGUGGCCAGACACGCUGUCUCUUUCCAAGGGCUGACACUCCUGCAGCAGAUCUGUGCUGCCACCGCUGAGCGGGUGUGGAGGGAGCGUUAGAGGAGAUCCCUGCUGGAGGAGGAGCUGUUUACUCUCCAAGCAGGUGGCAAAGGAGAAGCAUCCCACACACAGCAAGACACGGAGUUGUCCAGGUAGCUGCAUUUCUGCUGCGAACAAGACUGCAAGCCGCCUCCCUCUGCCCCCUCUGUGUGUGUAUUAAAUGGAGCCUAAAGCA